AGUGAAGUCUUGCAGCAUGCCGAGCGCGACUGUGCAGAGAAACAUCAUCACCAACCCCGAACAACUCAGGAAGAAUGUGCGGAGGUGCAUGAGAAAGCUGCUCGACAAGAACCUCGUCUCGUCCGACCCCAACGUGAAUGCAGAGCGACAGAUCGAGUUCGCCUGGUCGCUGGUAGACUGGAGGACCUUCGACCCGUCGAGCCCCUUGAAAACUUUUCCAGGAGAUGCUGCCAACAAAGAGCCCUCGGCACUAGAGCUACUCAUACUCGCUCUGAAGAACUCUCCUUCAGCUGAGGUCCACUACGCAAGCAGCUCAGCGAUAGCAUACCUUGCUGUACGGCAGGACAUCCGACUCGCCCUCGUCGAGACUCCCUCGGGGCCUCUCAUGGAAUCGCUCGACCUGCUCAUACGACGACUGGAGGCAACUGAGCAUAGCGGUCUGCGAUAUGCGAUAUGCGCCAUCGCUACUGAGCUGUGCAAGACAGAGAUCGGACUCAUCAGGCUGCGAGACAUCAACUUCGCACAAGCACUUGAAAGGUUGCGACAGAAGAAGAUUCAGCCUAAGGAUGCAGCACUGGAGCUCAUCAUGGACCACCUGAGCCUCGAGCUUCGACCUCGCAUCUCAUGACACACAGACGACAAAAAGUCACUGACUGACAACAAACAGCCUUACAUAGACACGUCGAUGUUGUUCAGUACGACCACCUGCCGCCAUGUCAGUCCUCCAGCACCGUCACGACGUCCUGCCUCCUACCAGCAGCCUCGUGCAGCGAUGGAAGUCCUUGCUGACCCUGUCGAGACUCUCCUCUGCCUCCCUCAUCUCUUCCCAGUCCUCUUCUCCCUUCCUGUCCUGCUUGCUCGGGGAAACAAGACGGUGAAGUUGAGGGAUCGGAGAACGCUGCUCGCUGGAUUGACAGGCGAAAAAGUGACUCUUGUAAACUUGUAGGGAAAACUCAAUGAUGAAGAAGACUAAGAAUAAGGAGAUGGCAGAUGAUGAUGAAAAAAAACUCACUCACAUCAAUUCAAGAAAUUUACAAAUAUACAUACAAAGUAAGAUUAAAUCUCCUUUCUUAACGUUUGCUUCAGGUAAAAUUUUGGGUUUGAAACACCGCAUCGAUUUCUCGCUGUAGCCUCCUUUGUCUAGAUAGUUUCUCCUCCUCAGCCGUCUGCUUCAGGACUACCCUCUCCUUCAUCUUCUGCUCUCCCAAAGGAUCCAAGGGAAACAGCAGAAAGCUGCUCAUCAACGAAAGCUCAAGCUUCUUCCGAUGAUCCUCCUCCCAGUUGUAACGACUGUAACUCCACUGUUGAGCCUCCGCCUUCUCCUCCCCUGCCAUCGGUUCCAUAAAAGAUUUCUUCCUCCU